CCUAUAUAGGGGCUGCGCGGCCCACGGCGCCACCGGGACGCCGGCCCCACGCUCGCCCACGCCAGCAUGGCUCCCAGCACCGUGGCCGUGGAGCUGCUCAGCCCCAAGGAAAAGAACCGACUGCGGAAGCCCGUGGUGGAGAAGAUGCGCCGCGACCGCAUCAACAGCAGCAUCGAGCAGCUGAAGUUGCUGCUGGAGCAGGAGUUCGCGCGGCACCAGCCCAACUCCAAGCUGGAGAAGGCGGACAUCCUAGAGAUGGCCGUGAGCUACCUGAAGCACAGCAAGGCCUUUGCCACGGCCGCCGGCCCCAAGAGCCUGCACCGGGACUACAGCGAGGGCUACUCGUGGUGCCUGCAGGAAGCCGUGCAGUUCCUGACCCUGCACGCCGCCAGCGACACCCAGAUGAAGCUGCUGUGCCACUUCCAGCGGCCCCCCACCGCCCCCGCUGCGCCUGCCAAGGAGCCCCCCAUGCCCAGCGCCGCCCCUCUGCCCACGCGCCCCUCCGCCAAAGUCUCCCCUGCUGCGUGCCCUUCAGCCUGCGGCCUCUGGCGGCCCUGGUGACUUCCCCACUGCCUGCUGCCACCGCCCGGCAGGUCGGAUGCACCUUCUCCGGUAGCCCCUCCCAAGGCCGGCGGGCCAGCCUAAGGGUCAUUCUCCGAGAAGAGAAUGUGCCGCCUGUGGAGCCGUGUUGUUUGAGGACAAUCAGGGCCAUCUCCUGCCCAGCGUCUGACCCCGUGGGGUUGUUGUGUUUGCUUUCAGCAAGUGACUUCUGGGAAGUCCCCGGCUGCGGGGUUCUAUGAUAUUUGUAGGGCCAGGGGCUCUGCCUGCCAGUGCCCUAGCCUGUAGAGGACUUUCCUCAGGGCCCGUCGCUGCUGGGCACGCACCCGCAGGCGGGCGGGCGUGCCAUGGGCACUUUGCCUUUUGUGAAGGCGGAACUCCAGGUGUAUCCUCAUAGGAAGGUACUCGGCCUGAGGACCCGGCCCAGAGCCCCACCUGGGCUGCAUGGGUCCCGGCUCACUCUGGGCUGUUCGGGGAGGGUGGGGCCUCCACUACGAUCCUUAAAGGAUUCCUUGGUGUGGGUGGGUGCAUGUGGGCACACUUUGUACUUAGAAUUUGAGCUCUCUGUCACGUGGGUGCCCACGGACUGCUAUGAAGGCUUCUAAUAAAAUCCGACUCUCAACCCC